UUACAAAGCUCGACAUUAUAUCUGUCAGAGAGGAGACCUGCAUGGACAAAACCGGGACUAAUACCCAUGUUUUCGUGCGAUUUAUGGCGAUGAGGGAGCCCAGAGGCUUAGCGCACCUCCAAUUACCAAAGAAGGGGCUAUUAGGCUCAAUUAUUUGUUAGAAAAAGGGUGGAAAGGGAGAAGGGGUGUGCAUGUUACUCGGCGGGCUUCAUUUCCUCGGUGCUGCAGAGCAGGAGCUGGAUGACAUGAUGCUGCAGAGUCCGCUCACCUCCACGCCGUUUUCUGUCAAGGAUAUCCUCAAGCUGGAGCAGCAGCAGCAGCAGUCCGGGUCCCUGGAGCUCCAGCACCGGCCCCACACUCAGCAGCAGUUGACCGGGUCUCCUCCUCCGCAGCAGCAGCAGCAGCAGCAUUUCCAGACCCCGCCGUCCUGCAUGCUGGCCGGGGCCCGGGACAGUCCUUCCUUCUCGGACGGAGAGGACAACCUGGCCUACCUCAACGCGCUGGCGGUGCGGGAGGAGGACCGUGGGGAGACCAGCCUGUCCCCGGACAUGUACGUCCAUCCCGGCCUCCAGGGAGCCAAGCUGGAAGCCGCUGAGCUGGACGAGCAGGAGAGCAAGAGCUGUGGUUUGGUGUCCCAGGAGGAGGCGGCUGAGGGCGGGCAGGGCGACUCAGAGCGGCCGGUGCAGAAGCAGAGGAGCCGGCGGAGACCCAGGGUGCUCUUCUCCCAGGCGCAGGUCUUCGAGCUGGAGCGGCGCUUCAAGCAGCAGCGCUACCUGUCCGCCCCUGAGCGGGAGCACCUGGCGACCACCCUCAAGCUCACCUCGAACCAGGUGAAAAUCUGGUUCCAAAACCGCCGCUACAAGUGCAAACGGCAGCGGCAGGACAAGUCCCUGGAGGCGGCGGGACAGCACCACCCUCCUCCGCCCCGGCGCGUCGCCGUGCCGGUCCUGGUCCGAGAUGGGAAGCCGUGUCUGGGCGGUGCGCAGAGCUACGCCGCUGCUGCCCCGUACGGAUCCAAUCCGUACAGCUAUAACGGAUACCAAGCAUAUACAUACAACAGCCCCGCUUACAACACCAACUACAGCUGCACGUACACCAGCAUCCCCGCCCUGCCUCCGUCCAGCACCUCCAACGCCUUCAUGAACAUGAACUUGGGAAACGUGAGCGGCCUCGGCGGCUCCCCACAGGCCCAAACACAUCAAGGGACAGGGGUCACAUCGUGCCAAGGCUCCCUGCAGGGGAUCCGGGCCUGGUAGCCUCACCAGAA